CCAUAAUGGUUUAUACUUCAAAGCUUCCCGUUAAAGAUUACCCCACUAAUAUUUCAGUAUAUGAUGUUUUAUUUAAAGACAAUCAUAACAAUGUACCUGAAGAUAAACUUAUUUACGUUGAUAUUGAAGAUCCUAGUAAAUCUUUAACAUUUGAGCAAGUUCAUACACAAAUUUUAAAGACUGCUGCUAGCCUUAAGCGAGAAUUUAAUUUAAAAAAAGGCGAUGUUGUUGCUAUUUGUUCUCCAAACCAAAUUGAAUAUCCUAUUAUUAUUCAUGGUGCUGUCUGUGCUGGUGGUGUUGCAGCUGCUAUCGAUCAGGCCUCUUCCUUUGAUAAAAUUGCAACAGAUCUGAAUACUAUUCAAGCUAAAAUUAUAAUUGCACAUAGAGAAACAUUAGAUCAAGUACUUGCAGCUGCAAGGUCUUGUGGUCUUUCAGAAUCUAACAUUUUAGUAUUUGGUGGUAUUCCGGUAGGAGAUGUACGGGCAGUAAAUGAAAUUAUUUUAGGCACUGACGAUGAAUUAGCGGAACCAUAUCCAUAUACACCUGAAGAGAUCAUGAAUGAUCCUGCCUAUCUUUAUUUUACUUCUGGUACAACAGGUGAAAAGAAGGCAGUCAUGAUUACUCAACGAAAUAUAAUCUCUAGUAUGAAAUUUAAAUCUGAUUGGCCCUUUACGAAUGCUAAUGUUCUUGCUUAUACUGAAUUCCACCAUGGAAGCUCGCUUGCUGUCACGAUGCAUUUUGCAAUCUAUUUUGGAGUUACAAAUUAUGUCAUGUCCCAUUUUAGUAUGUGCAGACUUUGUGAGGUAAUUGAGAGAUUCAAGAUCAACAUCACCGUGACUCAACCUUAUGUUAUCUCUGCUUUGGCCAAGGAGAGUAUGAUCACUAACUAUGAUAUUUCAAGUCUCAAAUCUGUUAUCUGUUGCGGUGCUGCACUUGAUAAUUCUGUGACACUCCAUGUUAAGAAGCGUACUGGUCUUCUUGUGAUCAACACCUAUGGAAUGACGGAGGUCCUUGGUGCCUUUGAUUCGACACCAGCACUUACUGAAGCCAACAGUAUUGGUUAUUUGGCUCCAGGUAUUACAGCACGUAUCGUUGAUGAAAAUGGUCACGAUGUCCCUGAUGGACAAAUGGGUGAACUCUUGAUCAGGGGCCCCACUGUUACUAAGGGUUACUACCGAAAUCCAGAAGCGACAGCGAAGAACUUUGAUGCAGAAGGCUAUUUGCACACUGGCGACCUGGUCAAGUGUGAUGAAAAUGAAUUGUUUUACUACAUUGAUCGAUCCAAGGAUCUUAUUAAAUAUCACCUUCAUCAUAUCUAUCCAAGUGACAUUGAAAACGUUUUGAUGACACAUCCCAAGGUAUCUGAUUGUGCUGUAAUUGGUAUCUAUUACCCGGAAUUUGCAACCGAAUUACCACGUGCUUAUGUUAAUUUGGUUAAUGAUGAGCGACACACAGAAGGGAUUGUUCAAGAACUUCAGACAUAUGCGGAUGAACGUCUAUCAGAUGAAAAGCGUUUGCGUGGUGGUGUUGUUAUCGUUGAUUCCUUUCCUCGAACAGCUUCUGGAAAGAUUCAACGUCGUAUCCUUAAACAAAAAGCACUACAUUGUGUUUCCGCUUAAAUUGUGCAUUAUAUAAUAAUAAUAUCUAAACUAUCUUUCUCUUUCUUCUUCCCCUUAUAGAUUAAAUUAUUUCUUUCUCGUUAUUUGUAAUAAUAAACCGUAU